CUUGUUGCAUAAAUAAAACAUUUGCCAUUGCUGCUGAUUUAUCGAUGGUCUUUUGAUGUUUAAUGGGUGACUUUUAUUUUGAAAUGCAUCAGGACCGGAAACUGAUCAACCGUUGAAUUCGCGGUCACGUCACAACACAGUAACUAAAGGGACUUUGGCAAAACAAAUGAAUCAAUAAUACUAGUCGCCUUUUUUAUUAAACAUUUUAAUGAUAUAUCAAAGGAAUAGAAGUAUGUCGUGUGAACUCUCUAUCCAAAAACAACUGCUCACAAUAAUGGACAGUUUAGUCUCAUCUAUAGUGACAGAAAUUUGUCAACUUGAUAUUUUUCAGUCAAAACGUCCAAAUGGAAAUACAGAAACUGAUAUUAAAUUGUUGUAGUUACUGAAAUGUGUUGUUUGCUUCAGAAGAAUCUGACAGAUGCUAUAAGGAAAAUAACAAACUCAACAUCUGAACACAUCUGCACAAUCCUUCAUAUAGCAUCAACUGGACGAAGAAAAAAUGCCAAAGAUGAGGAACAUGUCAAAGAAGGAAACCAGGACGAUGUCACCUCAGGAAUCCAGGAUUGCACCACAUUUGGUGGAGAUCUUCCUCAGACUGUUGAAGACGAGCCUGAGAUUACAUUUGAAGAAGCAUUUGGCCAUGAAGAGGAACAAGUAGAGUGUCAAUCUACUGCUGUUGAUGGUACAGACGAUUCAGUAGAGCCCAGUGCAGAAGAAACUGAAUCUGUAGACCAUCAACGAGAAGAACCAAACCAGCCAAACUCCAAAGAUGAAUCAAAUGACAUUUCAGUCCAGUUGAACAUAGACACACUGGACGUACCCGACAUUAUCGGCACAGAAGCGUAUGUAACUACAGACACCACUGAAGAAGUGCAGCUGAAUGCAGGAGAUGAGCAGAACGCAUGCAGAAGCUGUGGGAAAACCUUCACCUUCCUCAGUAACUUGAGAAGACACCAGCAGAAGAUCCACAGUGGAGACGCUCCUCACGCUUGCCAAGAGUGUGGAGAGCGCUUCGCCUGCCGACGCCUCCUCCAAAUCCACCGGAGGAUCCACAAGGUGGAGAAACCUCACAAAUGCGAGCUCUGCGAGAAGACGUUUCGCUUGCCAAACCACUUGAGGAAUCACAUGACGAGUCACGGUGACGAGAGACCGUUCGCCUGUUCCACGUGUGGCAAGAGCUUCACGCUGAUGAGCAUCCUCAGAUCUCAUGAGCGAACACAUGGUGGCGAGAAGAACUUUGUGUGCCUGCAGUGCGGUUCCCGGUUCCUCACCAAAUCUUACCUGGAUUACCAUCAGCGGGUUCACACCGGAGAGAAGCCAUUCCCGUGCAAACACUGCGGGAAGAGCUUCGCUCAGAAGGGGAACCUCAAGGCACACGAACGACUGCACACGGGCGAACAACCCUUCAGAUGCGAGGACUGCGGGAAAACCUUCGUACACUCGAACACAUUCAAAUCCCACAAGCAGCUCCACACGGGAGUCCGAGCCUUCUGCUGCGAGCUCUGCGGGAAGGGGUUUCGGCGAGGAACGCAUCUCAAGACUCAUCUACUGACACAUUCUGGAGACAAACCGUUCAGUUGCGACGUAUGUGAGAAGACUUUCACUCUCAAGGGGUCUUUGAAGACUCACAAGCUCACUCAUACGGGGCAGAAGGGUUACGCGUGUAACGUCUGCAAUAAGCGGUUUACUCAGGCCAGUUCGCUGGGAAAACACAGACGGGUUCACACCGGAGAGAAGCCGCAUCGCUGCCGGAACUGCGGCAGGGCUUUCUCUCAGAGCAGCCACCGUAACUACCACUCGAAGGUUUGUCACGCUAACUCAGGGGUGGAGGAGAACUAA